ACUUCUAUUGCCUUCGCAAGCAGACCAUCGACCAAGCGCACAAACGCCUGUAGCUUGGACACACAGCCGUCGUGCAGCCCACUCCCCUCUUGCCUGCCUCUCUACCUUUGCCAUCGCGCCCUGCCUGCCACCACGACUGCCUUCCACUGCGCCAUCGCGCCAAGACCAGCUUCAUCAUCCCCACCUCACCUACAAGAGCACCCCGCCCACCCCCAGCGCCAUCUUCAACCACCCACGCACAACCUGCCAAGAUGAAGAUCACAUUCAAGGACCUGAAGCAGAACAAGUUCGUCAUUGAGGCCGAGCCUUCAGAAACGAUUGGCGCACUCAAGUCCAAGAUCCAAGCAGAGAAGGGCUGGGAAGUCCCCCAGCAAAAGCUCAUCUACUCCGGCAAGAUCCUCCAGGAUGCCAACACAGUCGAGUCGUACAACAUUGAGGAGAAGGGCUUCAUUGUCUGCAUGGUCUCCAAGCCAAAGGCCGCUCCUGCUGCAUCCUCAAGUAGAGCUGCGCCUUCGACACCUGCUCCCGCACCAGCCCAAACACCCUCAGCUCCCCAAGCUCCUACUCAAUCAUCAACCACGCACAACGCCCCCGCUACACCUUCGCCCGCGCCUGCACAGGCAUCGGGCGAGCGCUUCAAUGACCCAUCGGCGCUGACCAUGGGUGGCGAGCGUGAGGCCGCUAUUGCCAACAUGGAGAGCAUGGGUUUCGCGAGGGCUGACAUUGACCGGGCCAUGCGCGCCGCCUUCUUCAACCCCGACCGCGCGGUCGAGUACCUGCUGACGGGCAUUCCCGAGAGCGCACUACAGGAGCAGGCGCAACAAACACAAGCCCGUGCACCCAACUCGCCUACGCCUGCUGGCGGAAAUGCAGGUGCGACUGCGCAGGCCAACCCUUCGUCUGGAGGUGACGAACCCAUGAAUCUGUUCGAGGCUGCCGCGGCUGCCCAAAACCGGGGUGGUGCUGGCGGUGCUCGCUCUGGUGGUACUGGAGGUGCUGGCGGCGGCGCUCUCAAUGCCAACUCUCUCGACUUUUUGCGCAACAACCCCCAGUUCCAGCAGCUACGACAGGUGGUGCAACAGCAGCCUCAAAUGCUUGAGCCCAUCCUGCAACAAGUCGGCGCAGGCAACCCACAGUUGGCUCAGAUGAUCGCAUCCAACCCGGAGCAGUUCCUGCAAUUGCUCGCAGAGGACGCAGAUGAGGACGCGCCACUGCCACCGGGCGCCCAGGCCAUCUCCGUCACGGAAGAGGAGCGCGAGGCUAUUGAGCGCCUGUGUCGCCUCGGGUUUGAGCGUGAUCUGGUUAUCCAGGCAUACUUUGCGUGCGACAAGAAUGAGGAGCUGGCCGCCAACUUUCUCUUCGACCAGCCUGAUGACGCUGACGACCAGUAGUCGCUUUUGGCUCACUGUGCCAUGACUGUGCGACAUCACCAUACCCAACACGUCCGUUUCUCCGUCUGAUAUCACGGUCACAGUGGCACACCAAAACUCCUCUCCUUAAAAUGGACAAAAAUCCAUGUCGAGUCAAUUGGCGCCGGGCGGUCCAAUGCAGUGCUUUGGUCGCGGGUCGCGGGUUGCGGCUUUCGAUAGUUCCAUUGCUUUUCUAUGAUAUAUGAUACCUUCCGAAUGGGGUACGAGGAAAGAGCUGGGGCCUGCUGGAUUUGUGGCAUGUAGAUGUACCAGCAGACGCUUGCUAGGCGGAAGAAAUAGCUUAUCAAUAGAACAAAAAAAUCAUUCCAUUGUG